AUGUCAGCAGCAGGCCUCUGGCUUUCAGGAGCUAAUAUUCUACAAUGUUCUGGUUUCAUGGUGCCCAGUGACAAAGAAAUUGAGUUGAGAAGAUUCAAACACAACAGUUUUGCCACCAAGAGGCAGCCACCCAUUCAUUCAUUGCUUGACGAAUGCCCAGUCCUAUCCAUUACUCUGCAUGCAGGCAACAAGAGUGGGUCACAGUUGGCUUAUAACAGACUCAACUGGCUUCAUACUCUUGCCCCGUUCCUUAUCCUAUCCUCCUGCCCCCUGCUCUCCAGUUCCUGGCAAGGAAUAGUGCACAGCAACCAAAACCCCAUCUAG